AUGGAGAAUGCCAGCCCAGCCACCCUCUGCUCUCUAUCAGUGACAGCGGACACACGCGGCACAACCCUGCACUGCUGCCCUACAAGGCGAUGUGCCGAGCCGCUGCUGUCUCACCCUGACUCCCCGUACAGCUGCCACACGCCUCCAGCAGCCCGGAAGUGCACGCGGUUUCAGUUUGAGUGCCACAGCGGGGAGUGCAUUGCCAUCUACAACGCGUGUGACGGCAUCCCGCAGUGCAGUGACAGCAGCGACGAGGAUCCCAAACUGGAGUGCCCGGCCGUGUCCACCGAGGGCGCCUCUGUUAGUCGGCGGCUCGGGGAAGGCAUGGAGAGCAGCGGCCCCGCCCAGCCUGGACCGUGGGACAACUCCGUGCCGGCCAGAGAAAUUAACCCAGCAAUGUAUGACGGCAGAAUCUUCAGGAACCGGCCAACCAUCCUUGAGAAUUACGGAUCCUACCAACAGAACGGAGGCAGCGGCGGCGGUGGCGUCGGCGGGGGCAGCACGGGGAGUGGCGGCGGCAGCAGGGGCCUGGAGGACGGCGGGGCGGGUUACGGGGGCAGAGGGCGUGUGAUGCCUUCUUACUACGACACGAAGACCCGCCCGGCAUGGUCAGCCUCUCCGUACAACACAGGUGAGAGCGGCGGACGAGGAACCGGAGGAGGAGGUGGCGGUGGCGGCGGUGGUGGCGUCGGCGGCAGUGGCGGGGCUGACUACCUUGGAAGCCCCGAAAUGCGGCCUCCGUUCCGCUACCCUGACUAUGGCCCCGCGCCCCGCUAUCCACCCCAGCCCCGCCUCCCCCAGCAGCCGCCCCCGCUCCAGCAGCAGUACCUGACCGGCGCCCACCAGCCACAGCAACAGCCGCCCCCACAGCUGGCCCAAUCACAGCAGCAACACCAGCAGCAGCAGCACCAACAGCUCCAGCCGCCACAGCUCAACAGCAAUCCCGUGUGGAUGGACCGCCCGAGUGGAUACGGCGCUCAGGGACAGGCAGACCUCCACCAGCAGAUGCAAGAACUCCACCACCGCCACUCCCCACUCCAGCAGCAGCCACAGGAGUACCCGCCCCGCCCUGACGUUCCCCCGCAGGACAUGAAUACUUUGGGGGGCGGACAGAACACGGAGAUGGCCAUGGGGGGCGGGGGCAGUGGCAGGGCGUCAGCUGGGGGCGCCUCAGUUUCCAGGGGGUCCUCGGCCUCCUCACCCCUUCCCCCUUCCCCGGCGCCCCCCUCCACGCUGCCCACAGCGGGGCCAGGGAGGAACAGCACAGCCAACAUGAGCAGCAGUGGCGGGGACAGCAAGACAGCCAACACUCCCCUAGCGGCCUUGCAUGAACCAGUGAAGGCCGUCGCGCACGCUUCCCACGCCCGGCUGGAGGUGAAUCUGGAGGAGCUGAAGAUUGGCGCCAGAGAGCAGGACGCGCAGGCUUCAGGGGCUGUGCUGGCUCUUGCUAUGGGAGUGUGCAUCACGGCCCUGCUGGUGGUGCUGGUGGGCUGCCGUCUGCGGGGUGUCAAGAGGCGGCUGAGGCGACACAGAGGGCCCCGCUCCCCCUACGCUCACGAUGCUGAUUACCUGGUGAACGGGAUGUACCUGUAGGGGUGCGCGAAGCAGGCGGUGAAGAAGAAGGUGAAGGAGGAAGUGGUGGAGGUGAAAGAGGAGGAGGAGGAGGAGGAGGAGGAGGAGGUGAUGGUGAUGGUGAAGGUGAUAGGGAAGGAGACGGAAUGUUAAACGAAUCGAGAAGUCUGAAGUGAUAGUGUGUGUGUGUGUGUGUGUGUGUGUGUGUGUGUGUGUGUGUGUGUGUGUGUGUGUGUAUGUAGAUUGGUGACCUAACUAUAUCAUGGCACUGAAAGCUAUACAUAUACAUGAAAAGAAAACCGUUUAAAGUAAUAUAAUAACAUAACUUAGAGGACCGUGUGUGUGUGUGUGUGUGUGUGUGUGUGUGUGUGUGUGUGUGUGUGUGUGUGUGUGUUGUGUGUGUGCGUGUGUGUAAGUGUUAUGGGACACUUUACGCACGUACCCGCACAUACAUGACGAAAUCUAUGAACACACCAGGUUAAAAGAGAGAGAAGAAUAAGAUUAACCCCUUCAGUACUGGAACGCAUUUUUACCUUGAGUUUUAUGUGUGAUUAGACCAUUUUAUUGCCAUUAGGAAGGGUCUAUGGAGGUCAGAAGAUUGAUAUCCACAGUCUUCAGUAUUGUAAUCCCCACAUGAGUUUCUGAAGCUGUAUAAAAUCACCAAAUAGUGAGCAGAAUGAAUAUAGAAACGCGUCAUGGUACUGGAGAGGUUAAUGGUGAAGAGUUGAAUAGAUUGGUGUGCCUCUGAACGUUCGCUUGUUCCAAUAUUUAUGCAAACAGACACACGGGGAGAAAAAAAAAUAUAUAUGAAGGUAAAUAUGUGUGAGGAGUUAGUGUAUGGCUUUCAGAAGUACUAUACAUUAUAAAGCUGUUUUGAUAGUGACAUAGAGAGAAAUAGGAAGAUAUAAUGUAUAGAUAAAUGAACAAAAAAAAAAAAAAAGAAAAGCACGUGGCCAGGUUGGUGUAAACAAUUAUAUAUCAUUCAUGGCAACUUUAGAAAAUAAUAAUAACAUUUUUUUUUCACGAAGGAA